CUGCAGCACUGAUAUCUACUUGUAGUGCACUACAGGUAUUAAUAGCGGAUAUUUAAUCCGCCGAUACCAGCACCUCGCAUAUCUCUCACAUCAUUGCUGCAGCACACCAUAUCAUCACACAAAAGUCUGAAAAACACUCUACUUUACAUCAAAUAGACAAGUAUUGAGACUCAUCGGUCAUAAUGGCAACGAUACAAACAUCCGUUCCGGAAGGUCUCAUCCCUCUCCUGGAAUCCCACCUCCCAAAUUCCCUCGUCCUCCUCCGCCGCCUCCAAUUCACCCGCUUCAAAGACGGCAUGCGCCCAACAGCCCGCAUCAUCCUAGCAUCAGACGCGCCACUCUCUUCGACUGCUUCACAAGAAAAAGAUGGCACAACCUCUGACGAACAGCCGCGCAACUUCUGCGCAGCAUACCUCGACUUCGGCAGCACCAAAGAAACCCAACUCUUCAUGUACUCAACACUCGAAAACGCCCCCAACAAAACUCUCACGGACGAGGACAAGAAAGCAGCCGAAUCCCAAGUCACAGCAAUUCUCGAUGCUGUAACACAAGUAAGCAAACAACAACCAGACAACAGGACGCUCCCCGGCGCAUGCCUCGUUGGGACCCUCGCCACGCCCACGCGGGACGCCAUGCUCCGAGCCGGCGUGCGCGUGACACCUCGCCAGGACUACGAGUACGAGAAAUGGCUGUUCCGCGUCGAUGAGAUUCCCGAUUUUGAGAACCGAGUGACGUUGCCUGAGGGGGCUUCGUGGGGCCCGGCUACGAAGAGGGAUUGUGAGAUUGUGGUUUCGAGGACGGAUAUUCCACGUCAAGUAAAGACGUUGAUGUCGUGGCCGAGCUUGUGUCUCAAACUAGAGGAUGGAACGCCUAUCGCAUGGUCAUUCCUCGGCACCGAUGCAUCGUUAUCAAGUCUCCACUGCGAGCCACCCUACCGACAGAGAGGCUACGCAAAGGCCCUGGCAUCGAAGUUGAUCAAGAGAGGUACUAGCGAGUACGGCGCCGAUGGUUGGGCGUCCGCCGACGUGGCACCGUAUAACACGGGGAGCAAGAAGAUGUGCCAGAGUCUCGGUGGGAGACAUACCUGGAACGUUUCGUGGAAUGUUAUUCAUCUUCAUGAGGUUUAGAUGAAGAUGUGAAGGAAAUCGAUCUAGAAGUUUGCUUCAUAUUACCUACUACCUCGUAGAUGUACAAAUCAGCCACCUUACAAAUUACGUCGAUGUAGUCAAAGAUUUACCUAGACAGAAUUAGUAGAAAAAAGGCUGCGAUGGUGCCCAAUGAAACAGAAUAUCGUUGCGUGGUACGUGAGGUAGGAAUUCUUUUGCAGACAUGCAGUAGAGAGAUUAGGUGA